UCUUCUGAGAUCUGACUACACCUUUCAAACCCCUAAUAAAUUUCAUAAGAAGUGAGGAUCUUUCUCGAUCGCAUAGCCGACGUUCAAACCCUAGGGUUCUUCGAUUUGUUUCCAUUUGAUACUUCGAUCCAGGAGCAGCAACAUGAAUCAGAAUCCAAUCCAACCCGAUCAAACCCAUCCGGCGUCCCACCACUCCGCCGACUACGCUCCCUACCCGAAGCUCGAACCAGAUGACGUUGCUCCGCCGCCUCCGCCGGCCUCCGAUCACCUCAAUCCGAGGGCUCCUAUCGCCGGAAGCCCAGCCACCACCAUGCCGCCGGAGUCGAAUCCUUACGUGGCUGCCUCUCCCGCGCCGGCAUCUUCCGUGAAGGCUAAGAUGGAUUCAGUGAAGGACGCGCUUGGUAAAUUGGGGAAGAAGGCGGCGGAGGCAACGAAGAAGGCUGAGGAUCUUGCCGGGGGCAUGUGGCAGCACUUGAAAACUGGUCCCAGUUUUACCGAUGCUGCUUUUGGAAGAAUUGCCCAGGGAACAAAAGUUCUUGCAGAAGGUGGUUAUGAGAAGGUCUUUCUGCAAACAUUUGAGACUCUUCCUGAGGAGAAACUCUUGAAGCCAUAUGCAUGCUACCUAUCUACUUCUGCUGGUCCAGUCAUGGGAAUUUUAUAUAUCUCUACUGCAAAGCUAGGAUUUUGUAGUGACAAUCCUCUUUCCUACAAAGUAGGUGACCAGACUCAAUGGAGCUACUAUAAGGUGGUUAUCCCAUUACAUCAGCUGAAAGCAGUCAAUCCAUCAACAAGCAAAGUUAACCCAGCCGAGAAGUACAUUCAGAUCAUCUCCAUAGACAAUCAUGAGUUUUGGUUCAUGGGCUUUGUGAACUAUGAAAACGCUGUUAAAUAUCUGAAAGGCACAUUGGAACAACACAGCUUGUGAUCUUCACAGGUCAGAAUUUCCACCAUGCCACAAAAUGCGUGCAAUGUUGCUAUCAAGUUGAUGUAGAUUAAAAUCUGUGCUGUUUAAAUGAAAUAGAUGUCUGUAAUAAUGCUGGACUUGUAUGAGUAUUGUUUGUCUGAUUGGUAUUCUUUUUUGCCCGUCAACAGAAUUAUCUAUUUGUGAAUUUUCCUGUCCAAUACAUCCAGAAGGCAUGAUGUGAUUCGUUAUGUUGCUAGUUGAUGAUGAGUUAAUAUCAUAUUUGUUUUCAGAUGAAA